AACACGUCGAAUUGAGCCCUGAGAGGCUACCGGCACCGCGGAAUAUGGCAUCAAUGUAAUGGAAACGCACAGAUCUUAUGCCAUGUUAUUGACAAUAUCGAAAAUAGGUAGCUAUCAGGUCAAUUCGAACGUAUACAUAGGUACUGACAUCAGAAUAAUAUCUGAAUGAUGUUAGUUAGUUAUCGAACAUAUCACUCGUACUUGUUCGUACCUGUCUUCACAUCAUGCAGAUAUCAUUUUCAUAUCAAUGUACGUUCAAAUUGGCCUUUAUGAUCCUGUGACACAACUCGACUUAUUUUAGUGAGACCUUGAGCUUUAUUAAUCACUUUCGGAAAAACCAGCGAUGACUCCAAUACUUGGAAUACAGACAAAUAGACAUCAUUAUCCUCAUAGUCUUGACCGAUUACGAUCUCAUUCUUGUUACCACAAUGCUUGAUGGUUGAUCACAUACUUGAUAACAAUAAUCGAAGUGGGUCGCGCUACCGCGUGCGCACUGUAAACCGUGUGCUCAAACCAUUUUAAUUACACACUUAACAUUUUCUAAUGUUCACGUAUUUCUAGAAUAAUCUGAAUAAUUCCGUUAUCGGUUUUAGAACAACGUUAUCUCGUUAACGAUAUAAAUACUACAGCUAUAGAUAAACGAAAUUACUUAUCGCUCACUUCAAGGCGGUCGGUGCGCGGUUUACAACUGAAUUCACAGUGUUAAGUGUUUCAAAAUGUCAGAUUGGCGGACAGAGUGGCAAAACUUAAAAAUACCAGACAUUGAAGAAGAUGAAACCCAACAAGAGUGUCCUAAGGAUGAGGAGUUUCUGAAUACAAAAUACUGUAGCCCUAAACAAGAAAACGAUCAGAGUUUCAUUGAAGACAUGGCUAAUAAUAACCAAUUGAAUGGAUUAUACCGUCCUAGGAGCGCCCUGGCUCGUGCAUUUUAUGAAAAACAAAGGAAUGACAGGCAUCUGCAAGAAUUUGACCAAACUGAGUGGUAUCGUGUGGACAAAGGCCUCCUUAGUCCAGAGCUCAAGCAGAAGUUCAAGCAGCUAGAUCCCGACGACGACACAAAGGCGUUCCUGUCGGCUUCCAUCGACAAGUCCACGUGGGUCUGGACGCAGAUCUGGUAUCUGCUGGCCAAGGCCGUACUUCGACACUUCUGGUCUAUCACCGACAUCAAUGGAUGGCUGGGCCGCGGCUCGAUGUUCGUGCUAUCUUCCGCGCAAGCGCGCACGCUGUUGGGCGGCGCGCCAACCGGCGCACUCGUGGACGUCGGCGCCGGCGACGGCGAGGUCAGCCGCCGCUUCGCGCAGCUGUUCGACGAGCGCUACGCCACCGAGAUCUCCGCCAGCAUGAGAAAGGCGCUCAGCAGUAAGGGAUAUACUAUCCUUGAUACGGAGAACUGGUGGCGCAGGCAGCAGUUCCAAUGCGUGAGCAUGAUGAACUUGAUCGACCGCUGCAGCCGACCCAAGACCAUGCUGCUAGAAGCCCGCGCCGCGCUCGCGCCCGGAGGGAUCCUGCUCUUAGCCCUAGUCCUGCCCUACAAGCCCUACGUAGAAGUAACGCCUGACCACAAACCCGAAGAGCGGCUACCAAUCAGCGGCGCCCGCUUCGAGCAGCAAGUGGAGUCGUUCGUGGCGUUCAUGCGCGACGAGUGCGGGUUCGAGCUGGUGUCGUGGGCGCGCGUGCCGUACCUCUGCGAGGGCGACUUCGCGCAGGCAUACUACUGGCUCGAUGAUUCGGUCUACGUGUUCACGCCUAAGCCCAUUCAUGAGUCUUCUUAAGAUAAGGUGCAGUGGGUUCAGCCAGCAGUUUUUGAGUAAUCGUAGUGUUUUUUUUUACGGUUGCUAAUAAUACGAAUAGCAAUAUUGAGGCCUUUAUUUUCUAGUAACUCACCGAUUCCAAUUUAAACCUGAUGUAUUAGCAACUUUCGCUAGUUAGAAAAAAAAACACGAUCAUAGGUCUAAAGCGCACCAUAUAAAAUCUGGAAUUAUUUUUGCACAAUAGCUAUUAACACGAAAACUGCUUCUAAAAAUGCGUAAUUUUUGAUCGAUAGAUGAAAAUAAUCGAUGAGUAUUAAAUUUUUAAAUAACGGACACGCACGUCUUUCCGCUCAGAAACCAGCGAGAUGCGACCUGAACUCAGCGCCUUAAAUAAAGUGAAUCAUAUUGCUUUACUUUUGACAAUGACGUAAAACGUAAUUGUCGAAAGUCGUAACUAGAAUCGGAUUACGCUAAGUUUUCAUGCCAAGUGCUAUGUCAAGUACCUAUGGCACUCCAGUGCAUACUUAGCGUGGUCGGAGUCUAUCAUAAUUCCUUAGUAACUUCGUUAUCUUCGUCGCUGUUCGAUGUUAAAUUACCGGGGAGCCGUUUUAUAAACGCAAGUAACUUGCAACACAAGCUGAUUUUUUUUCUAGGAAAUGAAGGUGUAUACAGUUGAUUUAUAAAACGGCCCCCGACUUUCUAACUUCGUCCGGCGGUUGUCGUCUUAAAAUAACAUGUUUUAUUGAACGAAGUAUUAUAAAUAUUGUUUCGUGAGCAAUCAGAAACAACGAUAUUGGUGUUGUGGUCCUAAGCAAAAUACUGAAUGAUAUUGAUGUGAUGUUAAUGUGGCACCAGAAACAGAAAAGUUGUUUAAGAACAUUUCCGAUAUUGUUAACAGAACUUACUGCCAAAGUUAAAACAAAGGUUCCUUUUUGCUACUAACCAUUCUUAAGAACUGAAAACUGCUGAAAAUAAGUAGGUAGUACCUCACAAUUAAACUAUGAGUGAGAUAUAUUGAUUGAAUGAAUGAUCUCUAGUUAUAGAUCGUGUCAUUCACGAAGACGCGUGCCUUGACUCUUAUUGUCAUGUUAUUAAAGGUUAGAUUUGACAAAUCUGCGCGUCAUCGUGGAUGACUCGAACUAUAUUUUACUAAUCUAGCCAGGACGCCUCGAGGAACGCACAUUUUUGUCAUCGAAUGGGUGUUUUUUAUAUUCUACAUUUUAAUGGUGUAAGUGAUAAAUCGCAUUGAAUUUAUUAGAUAUUUUAUAGAUGUUUACUACUUUUUCUACUUUGUAUGGUAACUAGUUAUACGUAGCUGAAUAAGAUAAAGAUCAAGUAAUAUAUUAAAAUCACGAUGAACUAUCACAAGUUGAAACCGAAUUGUGUUGAAAUUGUCGUAUCUCCAAAAGAAUUGGAGUCGUUGUACUUACCUACCUAUUACCUACGUAGGUUUAAAUUUAAUCAUUCCUACAUUCAAAUACGGCCAUGUAAAAUUUGAAAUAUAUUUGUAUGUGUGUCUUUGUGAAUAAUUAUUUGUGUUGUACUAACUCUAGCAUUCCAAUAAGACUUAGAAAUAUUGAAACAUUUUCAUCAAAAUGUACUUUCAAUACUGUAAAGAUGUCCAGUGUCAGUCAAAAUGAAUUAAUACAAAGCAAGCAACUCAA